AUGAUGGAGCCUGGACCAUCGGAUGUUAAAGUUUCUCCUCGCCCUCUGAUAGAAAAAGAAAUGCGAAAUUUCUACUCUGAAAUGCCAGAUGAGACAAUGUUGGCUCAUUUCAAAGCAAUGUUUGAGGAGGUUUCAAACCGCCCGGAGCUAGUGGAAAAGAACGAAAAAUUGAGAGACCUAUUGAACAGAGAAACACCUCCUAUCGAGAUUUAUACGCCAGGUGACGUUGUCAAGCUGAUUGACCCGAAAAUCGAGGAGAGAGAAGAUGAAUAUCUUGUAUUGCAUGAGGGGUCGUCAGGUAUUCAAUACAAUUAUGAAUACGACCAUUACACGUGGAAUAUGAGAUUCGCUUCAGAAGAAGCCAGUGUGAAGCGGGUUAACGAAUUGAAUGAGUACGGCAGAAAGCGAAGGCGUCAGUUGGAACUAGAAGAAGGAGAGCAUACAGAUGAAUUGGAAUCGGAAGCUUCAGAAGCACCCGUGCUGCCGGUGACACGUAGAAGAAGUACCGGAAAUCCCAAGUAUUGGGCAAAGAAGAAAGGAGGAGAUGCAGAGGUGUUGUGUUCGUGCUCCAUCUGCUCCGAGCAGUUCACCGCACUUCGCGCACUUCUGGACCAUCGCCAUCAGGCGCAUUCGGAGAAGGACAUGCGAACUUGUGGUACAUGCAAUAAGGAGUACACCAGUAGAACCCAUAUUCAUUUCCAUCUGACUCAAGAGUACAAAAUUCAUCAUUGCCAGAAGUGUGACGUCUCCUUUGCCUCUACUUGGCAUCUCAACAGACAUGACUGCAAGCUGAAGGACUCGAGAAAACGGAAAGCGUCGGCUGAUGGAGUGGUGAUGACGGAGAAUCCGAUGAAAGAAGGAGGAGAAUUUGAUGACGAUGUGGCAUCGGAAGAAACGGAGAAGAAACAAGGUGGCACUUGUGAGAAGUGUGGAAAGCGGUAUAUGCACACUGGGUGGCUUAGAAAGCAUCAGAUAAGCUGCGUUAAGAAGGAGGAGGAAGAAGAAGAUGAGGAAGAAGGAGAGGAAGAGGAGCAGGAGAAAUUUAAGUGUGAAAUCUGCCUUCGCGAGUACACAUCCCAGUUCUGGUCGACACUCAUAAGAAGAAAUGCACUGUGGCCACACCACAACCGCUUGUUGCCCUUCCUGAUAAACCAUCGGCACGGUAUGUUCUUGAACGAGCGAUCGCUUGAGUAUCAUUUGAGACAUUGUCGAGCGAGGCUUAGAAGACAGCAAGAGAUGCCAGUGCUAGUGGCAAGGGGAGAGGGAGGACAGGAGGUUGGAUACAGUACCCGAAGCAGAAGACAACGUGGCAUUAGUCCACCGCCACGUAUAGAUGUGGGAGAGAUGAGCGAGGGAGAAGAGGAAGGCGAUGUGGAGCAGGAGGAGCAGGAGGACGUGGAAGAGGAAGAAGAAGAGGAUAAGAAGCCGUUCCAGCCACCGUGCUCCAUUUGCGGAACGAUUUGUAACAGCACCGGCAACCUUCUUACCCACCGUCGACGUGCGCACGGAAUCGACGCAAUGCUCACAUGCGGUCUGUGCAACGCCAAAUACAACUCGAUGAGCAGCAUCGCGCGUCACAUCAAUAUCGAAUAUUCGCUGUACGUGUGCAAGAAGUGCGGACGAAGCUGUCAGGACAGCACAUUGCUCCGUCAGCAUGAAUGCAAUAAGGCUUACAAGACAUGGAAUUGUAGCAUAGGCAAUGGACCAAACCUUGUGGGAUAUGCUUCACAACUACCGGCACAGCCAUCGAUACCAUCACCACCUCCAUCUCCUCCUCUAUCGACUCGCACUCAUCAAGAAAGCUCUUUGAAGUGUCCGCAUUGUCCGGAAACAUUUUCCACAUCAUUCUCAUUGUACAACCAUCGGAUGUCAUGCGAUCCACGAAAAACCGAGCUAUCCACAAGCUCUAGUGCUCAACAGCCAUCAUCAAGCUCUAGUGUUCCAAGAACUCGAACCGACACCAUUCGGACUGUUGAUUCUAUUGAUGAGCAUCAACCUAUAAAGUGUCCCGAAUGCUCGAAAGAGUUCAUGUACCUCUCGGAAAUCACAUUCCAUCGACAUAAAACCCAUGGAAAGAAGCUGUAUGAAUGCAUCUUCUGCCCGAAAUCCUUCCUAAUUCUUCGCACUCUCAAAGAUCACUAUAAUUUGGUAGCCAGAUAUUCAAUGAAUCUCACAUAUUUCGUUUUUCCAGGAAACGCAACGCUUCAAGUGCAGCGUGUGCCAGAAGACGUUCCCAAGAAGAUAUCAAAUGCGUUAUCACGAGGAGCAGUGUAA